AGGCCUACUGAGUUGUACACUAUUAAAGCACUCAUGCAAAUAAGUGUGUUUAGAGAGACCCUUGCGCUAAAAUGGCCAAGGUACUAGAUUUUGUCAAUGGACCUGAAACAUUAUUACUUAUGUCAAUAACCUUGCCUUUUAUGUAAGUGUACUUGGGCUGCGACUGUAUGCCUUCCAUGCAUACAGAAUUCCUGGGUCUCGCCCAUUGGACCACCUUCCCAGAAUACUGCCAAUGAACGUUCCUACGCACUGGCCUCAACACCACCACAUGUGUGCAGUUGUCCGGGGUGGGCCAUCGAGAGAGCUUUGCUGAGUACGUGGAGUGGGUGUUGGUUUCAUGCGGUUUGUCCAUGACUGUCGGAUCAGAGGACGACAACACCAGCCCAACUCUGGACCCAGAGCCCAGCCCACCAUCACCCCGCUUGCGCAGAGCAGCAGCUAGAUCCCACCGCAGAUGGGGAGCCAAAGCCCGCCGUGACCAACUAGUCAUUGCCAGAGAGAACGACAGAGCUGAGGAUCACUCCAGAGCUAGAGCCUCACACGACGUCUGACCAGAUGCGAGAGCCGGCAACAAUGCUCAACAGUGGAUAAGACAGCGAGGGCGCAGAGGAAAGCCCCACUCACUCAACCACCAUUGAGUGUGAGCUGAGGCAGGACUCAAGAGACUUAAUAGACUGUUAUUCUAAUAUACUCUGUCUUCUUCUGUCAUCAUCUGAACUCUCUGCCUGCCCUAUUAUGGCCAAGGAGGCCAUUUCAGGAUUACCUGUCCCAUCACGACCAUGGAGGUCAGUUUUGAACUGUCUGUCUGCGUGGAACUGUCUGUUUGUCCUGUCACAACCAUUGAGGUCGGUUUUGAACUGUUUGUCUGCCCUGAACUGUCUGUCUGUCCUACCAUGACAACAGAGGUUGUUCCCCUAUCCACUGCGCUCCGGGUAUUGGGAGUCAUGAUCUGGUGUGUGUGGGCAGCACACACCAUCCCGGAACCCUCUAUCUGUCAUGAUUUAACACCCAUCCUCCUGAAAAGGUAGGCAAAGGAACAAAGGAAACAGGAACUAAACACAGGAAGUAUGAGAACACAGGAACAAUAAGAACUGAGAAACAUCUCAACAAAAAAGUCCUAAACACAAGACAGGGGAACACAAAUCUGGGAUUGUGACAGCAAGUUUGAAUAAAUCUGUCAUGAAAACAAGUCAGUAUAAUAUUAUUAUUAUAUUAGGGGGUACUAAAAAAAAUAUUUUUAAAAAGCAGGUUAAACUUCAGCAGCCAGUUAAUCAAUUAAUCAUUUUCUUGACACUUUCAAUAUACAUGCAGGAUGCCUGAAUGACACUGUGUACUGGACUAGAAUCUAAAUUCCUCUUUUAAUAAUUGACUGUGCCUGGAGGUUUUCUACUGUUCAAGAAAAAUUUGUUGAACUUGAAAACCUUUUUUUUUUUUAACUCCUCCUAAGCCAUUUCACCAAUUAACUAGAAAAAAGGUCAAAGUUAAAUGUUUUUUUGCUUUAUUUGACCUUUGACACCAAAACAACUGUAUGCAUAGCAUACACAGGAUCCAUGUUUGUAGAAAUGGCUUGUUUGGUAAUGUUCCCCACACAUGUGUUUGGACCCCUGAUGAUGCAUAUAAAUGUACAUGCCUCUCUUCAAGGUCACUGGUAUCUUUCCCAUUCUGAAUAAAUGCUAUGCUUGAUGGUCCUACAGUAAGUUAAGCAAAGCGUUAUUUUAGUGAACGUCCAAUGAGUGUCCAGCCACCCUUCUCUCUGGUUUACCACAGCCAAGGUCAACCAUGCCAGGCUGUGCUGUCCUGCACUUAAUGGUCUUGUCAAUGUGUGACAAAAGCCAUUAAGAUUUAGGGAGAUAGUACAGCUGAAAAUGCUGAGGAUCACACUUUUCAUUACCUUGACCAAAUGGCUUUGCGGGACAGGGACUUAAUACGUGUACUAUGUUUGUGUGUGUGAAACAGUUACUAUGUUUAUGUGUGUGGAACAGUAAUGUUGACUUCCUUUCUGUCAUACUAACAAUGAAACAAUAAAACGAUACAGGAUCUACCAUCACUUCAAAACAUCUGUGAAAUUUUUGUAAAACUUAAAACAAUCAAGGACUUGUUUAGAUAAUUGAAUGCAUUCUAACACUCUCCCUCUUUGCCCCUUUAGCCAGAAGAUUUUGAGGGUGUUCAUUCCCACACUUUCAAGACUAAAACCUUUAAAAAGGCCAAGAGUUGUGCAGUAUGCAAGCAGGCUUUGACGAAGGAGGGCCUGGUCUGCAAAGAUCACAUGAUUCUUAAAGUCCCUCCAUGAGUUUGUGAAUGGUGAAGCCUGGGCCUUCAUGCUGGAACCACUCAAGAGUUGUUACAAGCCAUGUUUUUAAGACUGCCAAUGACUUCAGUAUCAGGGGCAGGCUUCAUUCUCUUUCAGGAUCAACUGAGUGCAAGUUGUCCUGCCAUAAGAAAUGUGAGGUAAAGGUAGCCACAGCCUGUGAAUCUACAGCUACUACAACGACUACAACUACUACAACUAACUACAAUCAGGGAUCCACAAAGUCUCCCAAUAUGGACUCCAAACGAAGGCCAUCCAGGACCCUAAGUCUGAUGCAAAAAAUGGAGGAAAAUAAUGAAGUGGACCUGGUCUACAUCACAGAGCGCAUGAUUGCUCUGUCCUUCCCUGGUGGAACAGAGGAGCAUAAAUACAGUGUGCACCUGAGGGAGGUGACCACCAUGCUCCGUUCUAAACACCAGCAGCACUAUCUACUGCUUAAUCUCAGUGAACGGAGGCAUGACAUCACCAAGCAGAACCCAAGGGUGCUGGAUUUUGGUUGGCCCGAUCAUCAUGCUCCUGCUCUAGACAAAAUUUGCAGUAUCUGUAAAGCCAUGGACACCUGGCUUAAUGCAGACCCUCACAAUGUGGUGGUACUGCACAACAAGGGAAAUUGGGGGAGAACUGGUGUUGUGGUGGGUGCCUAUAUGCACUACAGUAACCUAUCUACCAGUGCUGACCAGGCAUUGGACAGGUUUGCCAUGAAGCGUUUUUAUGAAGAUAAAGCCAUGCCCAUGGGCCAGCCUUCCCAGAGGAGGUAUGUGCAUUACUUCGCUGGUCUCCUUUCUGGCCACAUAAAAAUCAACAACAAGCCCCUGUUCCUUCACCAUGUCAUCAUGCAUGGCAUCCCUAAUUUUGAGUCUAAAGGAGGUUGCCGACCCUUCCUCAAAAUCUAUCAAGCAAUGCAGCCUGUGUACACAUCUGGAAUUUAUAACGUUCAAGGCGACAGCCAUACGAGCAUCUGUAUCACCAUUGAGCCUGGCCUGCUAUUAAAAGGAGAUAUACUGUUGAAAUGUUAUCACAAGCGUUAUCAAAACCCCAGCAGGGAUGUGAUCUUCAGAGUGCAGUUCCACACAUGUGCAUUACACAAUUUAGCUCUGGUCUUCACCAAAAAUGACCUUGAUGAGACAUUUAAAGCAGAUGAGAGAUUUCCUGAAUAUGGAAAGGUGGAGUUUGUCUUUUCUUUUGGUCCAGAGAAAAUCAAAGGGUUGGAUCAUCUACAGAACGGACCUAGUGUCUCUGUUGACUACAACACCCAGGAUCCCCUGAUCCGCUGGGACUCUUAUGAAAACUUCAACAGGAGAUGUGAAGGCAUUAAAGAUGAUGUUGCUCAUUCCCAAGGUCCAGUAGAUGGCAGCCUUUACAUCCAGGUUCAGAAGAAAGACUCUCUUGAGGGAAUUGUGUCAGCCAAUGGUGCUUAUUCAACUGACUGUGCUCCUCCUGUAGUUGAACACGCACUUCCUCUUCCGGUUGCCAACCAUCCACUACCAGCUGCAGACCACGCCCUUUCUGUCAGCAGUGACUCCGGAAACUCUACUGCUUCUGUUAAGACAGACCGCACAGAUGAUGCUCAACAGUCUUUGUCAUCCUCAGGGCCUGUGAGCCAAGCUCCCCCUGAGACUGCAGUUAGCCCUUGUGAGAACCGAGAGUUGGAACAGCUUCUGAGUGGGUCAGAGGGACCACCACUUCUCCCUCAUCAGAAUUUCCUCUCUUUUGCCAACACAAGCCCAGGGGUUGGAGUGCGGCACCUUGUGCCUGCACAGGUCCACGUUAACGGACAAGCUAGUGCUGAGCGUGAAACUGACAUCAUUGACGACGAGCUGCCAGAAAGCCAGGUAGGAGAUAACAGUGCAGGCAGUCUUGGCACACUCUCCUCCUUUGAGGGUCAAGAUACACCAGCUGACAGCAAACCAGUCACUGAGUCCACUGUAGUGGAAGUAGACGGACAACGUGGGAAUUUCCUAGAGCGGAGGCCUAAAAAGGAGAUGCCUGUGCACCAGCUUCGAGGGUCAUCAUCAGCACAUGGACUGAUAGAGUACAGUGGGCAGAACGAAGGAAUGUAUCGCUCACAGUCAUAUGGUGGUCUGAUGCUGGAUGGAGGACCUCGGUACUUGCCACAAGCUCCUGAACGUAACACCAGCAGCCGAGAGGCAGUGCAGCGAGGGCUCAGUGCUUGGCAUCAGUAUGGUCUUGUGGAUGACCCCUUCUUUGGCUCGAAUGGUGCCCUGCCACGCUUCCCUACUCGUGGAGGUGGUUCACAGCAGGAUGUUGAACAGUCUAUAGAUGCCCUAAACAUGCUCAUGCUUGACUUGGAGCCUUCACAUACACCAUUUCCCAAAUCUCAGAGUGCUCCCCCAGGAGAGAACAUCUCAGCUUUCCAUCCACCAUUUGCCCAGACACUAGCCAGACCUUCUUACCAGGCUGACCAGGCCAUCUAUAGUGUCACUGGUGGCCCACCUCUCUCUUCCUCUGCCAGUUUUGGCCAGUCCUCACAAAGAUCAUCACCUGCUUACCCCAUGACUCCACUAUCUGAGCACUAUCAGAGGGGUUACCAGUCCCCUCAGGCCCUUUCACCUAUGUAUCAGCAAGAUCCCUACAGUAUCCGUGGAGGUUCAGUUACAACACCAUCCCCAACUUUACCCCUCCCAUCUCCAAUCAAGCCCCAGUAUGUGUACCCAGGAAGCAACGAGGUGUCUUACUCUUCAGACCUUCAGGGCACUAUCCCAGGUCCUCAGAAAAGCUACAGCACAUCGUCAUCCCCACUGCCCCCUGUUACCAUUGCAAAAGAACCUGAGUCAAAGUCUGAGGACGAGAUGCUAAACCUUGAGGGACUUGUGGCCCAACGUGUAGCAGAGUACAACGCCCGCAUCCGGGGCAUCUCCAAUAGCAUGUCCUUCCGGUCUGAACAUCAUCGUUCCUAUUCCUUCUCUGGAUCACAUUCACGUACAGUAACCCCAGAUGAAGCCAUGCCAACUAUGCGCAGACGAACCACAAGUGAAAGCCAGUACCUCAGCAGCCAAAAUGACAGUGCAGCCCACAGAGUGUGCUCUCCAUUGAAACCUGUAUCUCCAGACUUUGCCAACACAAUUGCAAUGAACCCAGGUGGACAACCUAAGGAGAAAACAGUGCAUAGCUACAGGGAGGCCUUUGAGGAGAUGGAAUCAGCUCCUUUUAGUCCUACCCGCAGUAGUGGUGGCCAUUCUGGUCAGGCCGUUCUUUCAGCCAUGGGAAUGAAGGCACAAAACCCUACAGAAGCUCUAGUACAACAAAGCAGUUCAGAUUCUGAUUCUAGUGAUGAUAUGGAAGAACAACAUGGUUUUGUGGCAACAGGAGUCAGAGGAGGGGGAUUGAUUUCUCCUUUGCAGCAUCAAUCUUCUCCUGCUUUUGAAAGACCAGUUCCUCCUGCCCAUACUUUCAACCCACCUCAACCAGUCAUCAAUGCUAGUUCUGAUAGUUUUGGAAGGCAGCCUGCCUUUGCAUCAUUUCCAUCUGAGCCUGUCCGGGCUCCUCUCUUCCCAGACACCUUUACUUACCUUAACCCUGAUGAGGCCACUGUUAACAUCGUGGGUGUCCAUCACGUUCCAGGAAGCCCGAACACACUCCACCGUACAGUUGCCACCAAUACACCUCCAAGCCCUGCCCUUCAACGUAGGCUUGGUGGUCCAAGUAGCCCUGCUUUGGGACGACGUCUACCAACAGCCAAUGGCGGCAGUGAACCAACCACUCCCAACAGCCCUCUUUUGGGUCGCAGUGGCAAGUUCAUUCCGCCAAGCCCUGUGUUAGACCGCCACCACUCACCUGCCCCAGUUGCCUCUAGUCCAGAUCACAAAGCCCCACCUAGGGUUCAAGCCACCCCAGAUAAGAGACAUGGAGCAGAGUCCAGGCAAAGCACCACUUCUACCCCUUCAUUUCCCCUAGAGCAAUCCUGUAGCCCCUCAUUGUUCUUGCCCCUGGACGUAACAGCAGGAUCCAUUGCAGAGAAUUCUAAAAGUGUUCCAACAGAGAGCAUAGAAAUUAGAAAAUCUCCCACUCCUACACAAGGACCUGCGAUCGCCUCAAUAUAUGCAGAUGGACCCCCAGAUAUAAGAAUCAAUAUCAAAUUUGUUCAAGAUACAUCCAAAUUUUGGUACAAACCAGAAAUCUCCAGGGAACAAGCCAUUUGUAUUCUUAAAGAUCGUGAACCAGGAGCAUUUGUCAUUCGAGACAGUAACUCUUUCAGAGGAGCAUAUGGCUUGGCCAUGAAAGUAGCCUCUCCCCCUCCAACGGUGCAGCAGAACAAGAAAGUUGGAGACAUCACAAAUGAGUUGGUACGACACUUCUUGAUUGAAACCAGUGCCAAGGGCGUGAGACUUAAGGGUUGCCCAAACGAGCCCUACUUUGGGUGUCUGUCGGCUCUCGUAUAUCAACACGCCAUCACACCUCUGGCUCUUCCAUGCAAGCUUAUGAUCCCUACAAGAGAUCCAAAUGAAGAGGCCUUGGAGCUAGCCACACCAACAAGUUCAACCAUGGAUUUAUUAAAGCAGGGAGCAGGACCUCCUAAACCUACUGAAGAUUUGUAUGCAUGUAAUGUUUUGUACAUAAACUCCGUGGAUAUGGAAUCUCUGACUGGUCCUCAGGCUGUGGCCAAAGCCAUCACUGAAACGCUUGCUGCCAGAUCCUCUCCUACAGCAACCACUGUCCACUUCAAAGUGUCCACACAGGGCAUCACACUCACUGACAAUCAGAGGAAGAUUUUUUUCCGUCGUCAUUACCCAAUCAACAUGAUCACUUACUGCAAUUUGGACCCACAAGACAGAAAGUGGAAUAAAGCAGAGGGUGGUGUAGUAAAAUUUUUUGGGUUUGUGGCUCGAAAACAAGGAAGCACGACUGACAAUGUGACUCAUCUGUUUGCUGAGCUGGAACCAGACCAGCCUGCUUCUACCAUUGUCCAUUUUGUCUCCAAAGUCAUGCUGAACAUCCAGAAACCUUGAGUGAUCAUCUAGCAACCAUCUUGGUUUCUCCAUGAAUCUGAAUUUUCUCACCAAAGAGGAUUUGAUUAUACUUAUCUCAUUUUCCCAGAGUGGAUUAUUCUUUUUACAUACAUUAUUACUUUCUUUUUGUUGAAUAACUCUGGUGGUUGGGCUCUUACUCUUUCUUCUUUGUGAAGAUUUGAAAAUGAUGCUGGUUUUUUGAGUGAAGAUCGUGCUGAAAAAAUCAGAUUAAGAAUAUGUCAGGGUUAAAGUACUGUAGUAAGUGUAAAUGACAGGGAUAAAGGUCAUCCCUUUGGCCUUCUUUAUCAGGAGGCAGGACUUUACAAUAAAAAAUGCAAAUAAUAUUUAGAGAAAAUGCCAAUAUUGUGAUUGAAUAACCAAAGGUAGAGUUCAUAAAAAUAAUGUCUGACAAUUAUUUUAUUUUUAUUUUGUAAAAAAGAAAAAAGAUAAGAUCACACAAGUCAAAAACUCCAAAUUCUUCUUUCUGUGUCCUCCUGUGAAAAGUAUGAAGAAGCCAUUUUGCAUGUUUGCUUGCAAGAAUCACAAGAGUAAGUCAUUUUCUCUGAAUUCAGAGAACAUUAGUUUGCUCUGCUGUUAAUCAGAAAAGCAUUUUGCAGAACUUAGCUUUUCACUUUAAAUAACAGAUCAAAUCUGUUGAAAUAAAUGAAAAAAAAAAAAAAAAUGUGGUCCAAAAAAUGGCAGAAAAUCACCUUGCCAAAUUGAUCACCACGUAAAGACUUGCUACACUUGCCUGCGGACAUGGAAAUAGCAACCACACUGCAGUCACUGGAAACUUUAUGCUGAGAUUCUAUAUCCAUAUGGAUAGUAAAGAACACUGGCUCUACCCACAAAUGUCCUGGCUGUGGUAGUAGAUGUUUAGCUUUUUCUGAACUGUGCUCAACAUCCCAUUCACAGCUUUGCCCCAGUCAGUGACAAUUAUAAGACAUUUUGUUGCAUACUGUUUGAGUGCAUGGGUAGAUCCAUUUUGUACUUGUCUUUAAAAUGUAUUAUGACAAACCAUGACAUUUAAUGAAUAUUUAUUUUUGUUGCAGUAUUACUCAUGGGUAACUAAUAUUUAAAAAUAGUGUAUAGUCUACAGAAAAAGAAAAAAAAAAACGACUUAAAAGUUAAAAAGAAAUUAUUUUAGCUAAAAUAUCAAAAUCAGGUUUUGAGAAGCUCUUGAUGUAAAAUGUAUGUUAUAGUUUUUGUCUUUAUUUGAAUGUGUGUUCACUGUGUCACUGUGUUAGGUGAUUUAGAAUGAAAAGGCAUGAAUGUGGAAGAAACUGAAAAAAAAAAAAAUAUUUUAGAUUAAAAAAAACACCAGUUAAUAUAUGUAUAGAAAUUUUCCAUGAGUGCUGCCAUUAUGUGUGUGAUUAAAAUAGCUCCUGGAUUGA